CUCUCUGUCUAUGACUGUCUCACCAGUAUUCAACCGCAACGAAACGCAAACUCUCUCUUUCUCCGUCGCUAUCUGUAAAUAACCUCUCUCUCCCCCAACAUUUCCGCUUUCUUUCCACGAACCUUCUCUUCCACUUCAAUUCUUCUCCCUUCCAACUCCUCCACACUUUUCAUCAUCAAUUCCAUCUCCGCUUUUUGCUUUCAUACUUCAGUUACUACUCACGGUUAUGACUAAUUCAAUUGAGGUUUAAGAUGAAGUUUAGUGUUUUCCAAGCUGAGAUUUAUUACUCACGGAUUCUUUGUGUUCUUUCUUGCUUUUGAAUUGUGUCGCAAUCAUGACUUUUCAGCAAGAUAAAUUUGUUAGAUUUCAGGACUGGAAUUCUGAGAUGAACUCUCCUGGAAUUCAUGUGACGCGUUCAGGGAGAAUUAGAACUACACUAAACUCAGUUUCUAGGAAGUUUCAAAGGGGCUUUGAAUCUAGUUCGGAGAGAAUAAAGGGAUUUGCGAAACCGUUCAAAUCUUUUUCCCGCCACAGUUUGCUUACUAGAUUUUUUAGUUCUGGAAAGAAAAUCCUUGACCCGCAGGGUCCUUUUCUUCAAAAAUGGAACAAAAUAUUUGUGUUAUCUUGUCUUAUUGCUGUAUCGAUUGAUCCUUUGUUCUUCUAUAUCCCUAUGAUUGAUGAUGACAAGAAAUGUCUUUCGCGAGACAGAAAAAUGGAAACCACGGCAACUGUUUUAAGGUCUUUCUCCGAUAUUUUUUAUAUUAUUCAUAUAAUUUUCCAAUUUCGUACGGGAUUCAUUGCUCCCUCUUCUCGAGUGUUUGGAAGAGGUGUUUUGGUUGAAGAUUCUUGGGCAAUAGCAAAGAGAUAUAUGUCAUCGUACUUCUUAAUUGACAUUCUUGCUGUUCUUCCCCUCCCACAGGUGGUGAUUCUAUUUAUCAUUCCGAAGAUGAGAGGCUCAGAAUCAUUGAACACGAAAAAUUUGCUGAAAUUUAUUGUCUUCUUUCAAUAUGUGCCACGGUUUGUACGAAUAGCUCCACUAUAUAAAGAAGUUACAAGGACCUCUGGCAUUCUCACAGAAACAGCGUGGGCUGGAGCUGCAUUCAACCUCUUUCUUUACAUGCUUGCAAGUCAUGUUCUUGGUGCCUUUUGGUACUUGUUUUCUAUUGAAAGAGAAACCACAUGCUGGCAAAAUGCAUGUCGAAAAAAUAGCACAUGUAUAAGGGCUCAAAUGUAUUGUGAUGGUCAUCAUGGUUUGGGCACAAUUUCAACAUUCCUAAAUACUUCAUGCCCAAUACAGAAUCCAAAUACAACACUCUUUAAUUUUGGAAUUUUCCUUGAUGCCCUUCAAUCUGGAGUUGUGGGAUCAACCGACUUUCCACAGAAAUUUUUUUAUUGUUUUUGGUGGGGUCUAAAGAAUUUGAGUUCUCUUGGUCAGAAUCUGGCAACAAGUACCUUUGUUUGGGAAAUCUGCUUUGCAAUUUUCAUUUCUAUUGCUGGUUUGGUAUUAUUUGCAUUCCUCAUUGGAAAUAUGCAGACAUAUUUGCAGUCGACAACUACAAGAUUGGAGGAGAUGAGAGUGAAAAGGAGAGAUGCGGAACAGUGGAUGUCUCAUCGACUACUUCCCGACAGCUUGAGAGAAAGAAUCAGACGACACGAGCAAUACAAAUGGCAAGAAACCAGAGGAGUUGAUGAAGACAACUUGAUUCGCAAUCUUCCCAAGGAUUUGAGAAGAGACAUCAAGAGGCAUCUUUGCCUGGCUUUACUAAUGAGGGUGCCAAUAUUUGAGAAAAUGGACGAGCAACUUUUGGAUGCAGUAUGUGACUGCCUCAAACCAGUGCUUUAUACAAAAGAAAGCUGCAUUGUCCGCGAAGGAGAUCCUGUCGAUGAGAUGCUUUUCAUAAUGCGUGGCAAACUAUUGACUGUGACAACAAACGGUGGAAGAACAGGUUUCUUUAACUCUGAAUACCUCAAAGCUGGUGACUUCUGUGGAGAGGAGCUUCUCACAUGGGCAUUAGAUCCUCGUUCCUCUGCAAAUCUUCCCAUCUCAACCAGAACUGUCCAAACACUUUCAGAAGUGGAAGCAUUCGCUCUAAAAGCCGAGGAUUUGAAGUUUGUUGCAUCACAAUUUCGACGCCUUCACAGUAAGCAGCUUCGCCACACUUUUAGGUUUUACUCCCAACAAUGGCGGACAUGGGCUGCAUGUUUCAUACAAGCAGCUUGGAGGCGCUAUUGUAAAAAGAAACUUGAAGAAUCUCUCAGGGAAGAGGAAAAUAGGUUGCAAGAUGCAUUGGCCAAGGAAGGUGGUAGUUCACCUAGCCUAGGUGCUACAAUAUAUGCUUCAAGAUUUGCUGCUAAUGUGCUUCGAGCUAUUCGGAGAAAUGGCACAAGGAAGACUAGGGUGCCAGAGAGGCUACCUCCAAUGAUGCUUCAGAAACCUGCUGAACCUGAUUUUACUGCUGAAGAGCAAUAGUGUAAUCAAUGGAGAUGGAUAUUGCCUUGAUGUACAAGUAAAGAAAAGAAAAGAUGUCACAUAACGAAAAAUUAAAUUGAAAUGAACUUUUGAUAGGAAGACCAAGUUAAAAAAAAAGAUAGGAAGACCAAGAUGUCAUUUCAUUUAUUUUAUUUUUUAAGUUAGCUUAAAAUAUAGAAUGUGUAUAAAAAUAUUGAUUAUGAAUUGUAUAUAUACGUAUGUGAUUGUCGCUUAAAUGAUUUUCAUUCUUGGA